AUGUUUACUCCCACGUAUUGGACGUCCUCGCUCUCGACUCUCCUCAAGCUCUUAGGACUGUGGACCACGUACAAACUUGUUUUGCGCUGGAAACAUGUCUCCGCUCUUUCGUUCCUUCCAGGACCGCCGACUAUCAGCUAUAUCUGGGGCGACGGCUUCGAUCUCAAGAAAGCACCUGUUGGAACCCGAUACAACGUGUGGCGUAAGACCUACGGGCCAGUCUACCGGCUUCGCGAGCCGCUGAUGGAGCCGAUUCUGGUGAUGGGCGAUCCUAAGGGUGCUCUGCAUGUUCUCAAUAAGCCGGUUUUAUAUUGGCGUCCCGUCAUCGACAGGGUGAUCCUCGCACUUUGGUUCGGCCCCAGUGUCUUAUCUACGGAAGCCACUACGCAUGCCCAGAGACGUCAAAAGCUACUUCCCGCCUUCACGCCUCAAUCGGUGAAGCAAGUCUCUACUGUGUUGGAUGAUCUGGCCCACAACCUGGUCGACGAACUGAAUGACAAGCUCGGACUGGAUGACUCGAUCGUUAUGGACGUAUCCGGGGCACUGCAUCGUUUCGCGUUGAAUUCCAUCUCCAGGACUAUGUUCGCAUACGACCUGAGCGACCCAACGAGCACUAUCCCGACCCUGUUGAAGAAUAUCUCCGACGGGCCGGAUGGCCCUGACACGACGCUCACUCGUGUGGCUGCUGUGGUCAUCAACACCUUCCCUCGUCUCAUGGGACUUCCCAAUCCCAUGAAGAAAUGGGCCACUAUGCUUCGCACGGAACUUGGAAAGAUCGCCGAGGCAGCCUGGGAUUCUGCCGAGCACAUAGAUACGCUGGCAGGGAUGGAUGCUCGGGUCCUUGAGGUUCUCAGCCAAGCGAGCAAAAGUGGGGAGAACGUGUCCAAAGACGAUGCUGUUGCCGAGAUUAUCGCCCUCCUCUUCGCCGGAUCUGAAAGCACUGCGAACGUCAUGGGGGAGUUGCUCUACGAGCUUGCACACCAGCCCAAGAUCCAGACGAGGGUACGAGAUGAACUGCGCGCCUUCGAAGUCUCGAACGGCGGGCCCCCGGGGCACGCAGAUCUAUUCGCAUCGAGCAAGAACGGUUUGGACUACUUCAAUGCUGUAAUCAUGGAGACACUGCGAUGCAAGGCCGUGCUUAUGGACAUUGCGCGUGAAGCGGUCGUCGACGACGCCAUUCCGCUGAAAGAUCCUCUCCCUGGAACCGGCGAGCGCAUACUGCACGUUCGUAAGGGACAGAUUAUAUCUAUCCCAGUUCGGGAUGGACUGAAUGUAGACACAUCCAUCUGGGGCGACGAUGCGGAACUCUUUCGGCCGGAGAGAUGGUUAACCCAUGAUGAUGCCGUUGAGCGAGGCAUUGGCCCAGGAGGAAUCCUCACCUUCGGUGAUGGUGCGAAAGCGUGCUUAGGUCGUCAAUUUGCUAUGGCCGAGCUGAAGAUCGUUGCGUCGACCCUCAUCCGCAACUUCAGCUUCCAGCCUUCCGAGACGGAGCUCGAUAUUGAUUUCUAUCAUCUCGGUGGCAACACUGUCAAGCCUAAGAUACGCGGGCGUGAGGAUGAAGGUGUAAAGCUUCCACUUCGCAUUAGCCGACUUGCAUAG